AUGGUAAAGUUUCUACUGCUGGCUUUGGCAUUUGGUCUGACUCAUGCUCAUACUGAGCCUGAAGGAAAGUGGCUUACCAUUGCCAUCGCUUCUGACAAUGUGGACAGGAUAGCGGAAGGAGGACCUAUGAGAGUCUACUUUCGAGAAAUUACUUGUAAUGAGGAAUGUAAUCAAAUGGAAAUGACGUUUUAUGUCAAUGCUAAUAACCAAUGUUCACUGACCAAAGUCACUGCGUAUAAGCAGGAAGAUGGCAACUAUAGAACCCAGUUUGAAGGUGAUCAUGUAUUUAAAGCUGUGUUUGCAACAGAAGACAACAUAGUCCUUGCUGGUGAUAAUGUUGAUAGAGCCAGCCGGAAAACAAAAUUGGUUUUUGUUCUUGGAAAAGGUCAACCCUUGACUCCUGAGCAACGUGAGAAACUUGAGGCGUAUGUUGAGGAACAUGGCAUUCCACCAGAAAACAUUCGAGAAGUUGUGGCUACAGCAACAAUACUUGGGGAGUUGUUCUCAUAUUCGUAUGAGAAUAUUUCUGUCAAUCCUUACCCCAUUUAUGAUCUCUUACAGAUACUUGUCCUAAAUAACAACCUUCUGGAGUUCCUGAGUGCUGCUGGCAGGACAGACAUGGGCUCACCAUACACUCAAGUUUUUGAUGCAGUGCAAUCUGCUCAGGACCCGCAGCAAAUUCAUAACAGCUGUGAUCAGGUGUGA